AUGGUAGCCGUCGCCAUUACUUAUAUCCGUCUGGUAGAUGGCUCCUCCCCGAACGAGGGUCGUUUGGAGGUGUCUGACCCCGCCCAGGGGUGGGGCACUGUCUGUAGCAUCGGAUGGGACAUCAAAGACACAGAGGUUGUCUGUCGUGAGCUGGGCUUUCAAGGCGCCAACUCAUUCGUCUCCUCCAAUUCUCCGUUCGGCCAAGGAAGUGCACCUAUCCUCAUCACAAACUCAGAUUGCAAUGGAAAUGAAAGCUCCCUCAACGACUGCAUUUUCGAUGAGACAGCCUCUCGCUGCACACAUCAGCAAGAUGUAGGCAUAAUUUGUCAAAAACCCGGUUACAUCGGCUGCUUCGGUGAUUCCUUCGAGCGCCUCUUCCAGGGCGCAUCCUUCGACGAUCCCGUUGGCAUGACCAUAGAUGCUUGUCUCGGCUUCUGUAGGAAUCAGAACUUUCCGUUCGCUGGUGUGGAGUACGCAAGCGAGUGUUACUGCGCAGACUCGGACACGCGUUACGACGCGCAAGGAACGUAUGACGACUCGGAGUGUCAGUACAUCUGCUCGGGAAACACGUUGGAGCGAUGCGGCGGGAACAGGCGGAUUUCAGUCUUUAACACUACGCUGGGAUUUUGUGAUGACCCAGGAGAACCAGAGUAUGGAACGCGACAGGGGGACUGGUUCCGUUAUGGAGCGUCGGUUACCUUUGACUGCGCGGAGGGAUACAAUCUGACCGGGAAUCAAAGCGUUCAGUGUCUCAGUGUGGACGGAUCACCGUUGGUUGAUUGGAAUGCUGAUACGCCCGUGUGCUUAGAAGUACCGCCAACAACGACAAAAGCUACUGAAGAAACGGAUAUCACCCUGGACGUCAGUACAGAUACAACAGCAUAUGAGUCCACCGGUACUGCUGGCACGAUGACGUCAGUCGAGGAGGUAGAUACCACAGGACCACCAGACGGUAGCACUCAAGCCACACCCACGAUACCCUCUACGACGGAGGGUGUUACCCCUAAAGUGGGGUUGCAGGGGGGCAGAUGGCCUUGGCCGCCAAUGGCCAUCGGAUUUCUCCUAGGAGGGAUCAUCCUAUUUCUUCUAAUCGUUGUCUUCGUCAUCUGCCUCGUCGUUAUCAGCCCGAGAGCGAAGGCCAAGAAGGAAGAAGUAAAGGCAGUGCGUCUCCGCAACGCCGCUCGUCACUCGACUGCUGGCAAUAGCUACUCACCCAACAUCGUACUAGAUCGUGACGGGCGUCGAAGUGUCCGCAGCAACGGAAUCCAGCGGGUCGAGGAGUCAGAGACGUACGACAACGGUGCGUUUUUAGCAGACGACGCUUCAAUCAUUGGUGUAUAUGGCGAGCGGCAGAGGGCGGUUGAAAAUCCGUACGCGACUUUCCGAACGGACGACACAGCCAAGAAAAUUCUUUUCGCUGAUACCGCGCGAAAACUGAACCAGAUCUACGUACCGGGUAGUCCCGAUAUGUCAACGGUUAGUAGAGGUACGCGAAGGAGUAGCAGCGAUCGCUACGGUGCUCAGCUUGUUGUGUAGUCGCGAGAUGUUCUUCCUUUUUCUGAACUUUCCAAGAUGAGUGUUGUAUUUUGAUUUUGUAUUCUAAGUGUUAUUUUCAGGAGAGAACGCAACAAAAAAAAUCUGUGUAGUCAGAAGUAUAUGGCGCAGGUGUGCGUUGAUCACUUUUAAUCUUAGGUGGAUUUUGUUCUUGUUGCUGUUCUUUUUUGUUUUACUGUGGUUAUACACGAUACAAUGCAGGGUCAAAUAACCGAAGCUACUCCUCAAGUGUGAUAACUAAUGUUAUUCCAAAUCUUUAAC